AUGGAACUCAGUGGCGUACAGUCGCCGGCGGUGAGCAGCAUUCCUCGGAUUGUGCCGUUAGGGAAGCCAUUUUUGUGCGGGCCCGCCAUUCUCAAGCUGUUCGGCCAAAAUAGGACAUGCCCAGAUGCCAGAAAGCUCAGAUUUCUCGAUUCUAGGGCUCGAGCAUCAGGCACCACCAUAAUCAAGUGUCAAGCACAAGACACUGUGCCGAGCAGUAGCAGCCAAAAGGAUGGGAAUCUCGUUUUUGUUGCGGGGGCCACUGGCCGAGUAGGAUCACGAACUGUGAGAGAGCUCUUGAAAUUAGGAUUCAACGUUCGAGCCGGUGUUCGGAGUGUUCAGCGAGCUGGAUCUCUUGUCCAAAGUAUUGAGAACAUGAAGCUUGAGGUAAUGGCAGAUGGCACUAAACCUAUAGAUAAGUUUGAACUUGUGGAGUGUGACUUGGAGAAACCGGACCAGAUAAGGCCGGGAAUCGGGAAUUCAUCGAUUGUUAUAUGCUGCAUUGGUGCUAGUGAGAAGGAGAUUUUCGAUAUAACGGGACCGUACAGGAUUGAUUAUCAGGCUACCAAAAACCUGAUUGAUGCAGCAACUUCUGCAAAAGUUGAUCACUUUAUAUUACUCACAUCUCUUGGGACAAACAAAGUUGGAUUUCCCGCUGCAAUCUUGAAUUUGUUCUGGGGAGUCCUUAUAUGGAAAAGGAAAGCAGAAGAAACACUUCUUGCCAGUGGUCUUCCUUACACCAUAGUUCGACCGGGAGGUAUGGAGCGCCCUACCGAUUCAUUCAAGGAAACUCAUAAUCUUACAUUAUCCGAAGAAGAUACUUUGUUCGGUGGCCUAGUGUCAAAUUUGCAGGUGGCAGAACUAAUGGCAUUUAUGGCCAAAAACAAAAGCCACUCGUGUUAUAAAGUUGUGGAAGUUGUUGCAGAAACUUCGGCUCCUUUAACGCCAAUGGGUGAUCUCUUCAAAAAGAUACCAGCUUCCCGAUUGUUCAUUGACAAGGAAUCUGAUGAUGUUGAUGGAUCGAGGCCAUUUGUUAAAGACAGCUUGUUGACUGAAAAGAAAACCGAGCAGAUAAUCACAACUAAAGCAGCAGCACCACAAUCCCCAUUUACUGCCUAUGAAGAUCUAAAACCACCGACUUCUCCAACCCCUACCCCGAGCACUGGUCCCGGGCCCACCUCAUUCUCAAUCAAAGUCGAUUCUAAUUCUUCAAAAUCGACGAAUAUUUCGACCGAUAAUGUGGGCACUAAUAAGGCUGCGCCAAAGAAAAAAUACGCCUCGUCACCAUACAUCAAUUAUGAAGACUUGAAACCACCGAGCUCACCAACCCCAACUCCAAGUGGUUCCAAGAAGGAAUCUUUCACUGCCUCGAUUUCUUCUGAAGUUACUGUGGGUGAUAAUAUUGUCGUGAAAAGUGAAAGCACAGACGUAGGGAAAAAAAAGCCUACAAAAAUACCAGUUUACCGUCUAUCGCCUUAUCUUGCAUACGAGGAUCUCAAGCCGCCUUCAUCACCAUCUCCUAAUGCGCCAAAAUAUUAA